UCACACAAAAACGCGUUUGCGGCAACGGCUUUGUGUUCUACUAAAACAUCACCGACAGGACGAGACGACGGUCAGUUUCGCUUUUUUGUUUGUUAAUAAAGUGUGCAGUACAGUAAGAUAAAGCGAUCGUACAGUCGUAUGCUGACAUCAAUUUUACAAACUGCCCAACGUCUUAGUUUGGCCGGAGAAAAGGGUCGGACGAGAAUGGACAUUCCGAGAAAGAAAAUGCAGUUUCUGAGAGGACACGAGACGAGAAGCGAAGGACUAUACGCAGGCGCUCCAUACCGCAGACGGCUCUCAUUUUGCGAGCCGCGCAAAAAACAAGUCGAAAUCCAGAGAAAUCCUCCUCGGCGCAGACGAUCGUAAAGGGGAAAGAGAAAAGCUCGCGCGACGACCCUGACUCGUUCAAGGAUUCUGUUAUCCGGUCGAUUCUCUCCGAGGCGACGACCCGUGUUUACUUCGCUUCCCGAUGGAAAUAGCCCCGGAAAAGCGGAGAUUUACGCGCUGAAGAGGAUGAGGAAAAGUUUUUUGCUCUUUCUCUCUAUUUACUCGAUUCCGCGGAGGAGCCGAUAAUAUUUACACUGCGCCGCGCGCGACGACAAAGCACAAGGAGCCUUUCAUCGGCAACGACGUAUUGCAACGAUCGAUCAUCCAUCAAUCUGUCGUCGGUCGACUAUAGCCGAGGAUUUAUGCGUGCGAAGAGAACAUCUCACACGCAUCGAGGGUAUAUUAUACACACACACACACACACAAAGCGCAGACGCGCUCAUCAGACAGAAUAUAAUUGAAGAGCUACUCGUCGUCUCGCCGAUGCUUGGCGAGCCGGCUGAAGGAUGAUCCGCGAGGGCCGCUCGCCGCGGACUACGCACUGCAACAGCCGAUCGGGCAUCAUCACAGCUGCAGCCACCGCUCGACCGAGUGGGGACACGUGAGAGUCUGUGCCGAAAAAGACGAAGAAGCUCCGCGACACAGAGAGCAGAAGAAGAAGAAGGAGGAGAAGCAGAGAGGCUGCAGCAGGAGAGUUCACGGCAGAGGGAAUCGGAGGAAGAAGAGCAGCAGCAGCAGCGAUGGGCUGCGGCAGAUGCACGUCUCACCGGCUAGCCGAGUUCGCCGUCGGUUUGGCCAUAGUACUGCUGGUCGCUCUGCUCGUGGUGCUGUGGACCGGCUCGACCAGCGGCGUCGGGCACGAGAAGAAAAAUCACACGGAAGGCGCCAAGAAUCAGCCGAUUUUCGCAGCCGGCGACCUGUUGAGAGCUCGAGGCGGUAACGAGAUACCACAUGAUGGCAGAUCGGACUCGAGGCACCGCGGGGACGCGGAGCCGUCCUGGAGCCGCUGGAAAGACGAUAUCCUUCCGAGCGGCGGCGGCGGCGGCGGCGGCGACUCCGAGAACAUUGUCCUCGCCAAGGCCAAUCAAAAUUCUUACGAGGAUCCGAUGGAAGAGCAUUCCAAGGCGGAGAGGCACCACAGCGGUCACUUCCGGCACAGCCAGAACAAGGUCUGGGACCCCCAUCCGCAGUACGAAUUCACGGCCUUCGGCAGGAAGUUUCAUCUGAGCCUGAAGGAGGACAACAGCGUCGUCGACGCCGGUUUCUCGGUGACGCACAUCGGCAGAAACACCUCGAGGAGAGAGUACCCCGAGACGCACACGGGCUGCUUCUACAACGGAUACGUCGAGGGCGACCCCAAGUCCAGCGUUGCUGUCAGUCUCUGUCACGGAAUGGCAGGACACAUGACAACGUCCACGGGAACUUACUUAAUUAAGCCCACGGAGCGGUGGAGCGAUAACGAAAAGCUGCCGGUGGGCUCGCCUUUGCAGCACGUUAUUUAUCGGAUCUCCAAGAGCGAGCUCAAGCCGUUCUCGCCGGCAAAUCGGACGGCCAACGACUUGCCCCAAGUUGACGAUAAUGCCGUUGUCAACGAGACUAUGCACGAGUGCGGCGUCAUGGACAACGGCCAGCAGAUCGCGAUCGACGACUUGAUCACGGACCUCAACGAGACGACGCCAGGAAGAAGGCGUCGCAGGCGUGCGCCCUACCCGUUCGAUGACAGGUACGACGAGGACAGAGGCAGGAGCUACGCCCUGGAGAACGAUCAGACCUCGGCUCUCGAUAUUUACGGCAGCUGGAGAACGCGGCGAGCUUUGCCGAGGGAGUAUUUCAUCGAGGUAAUGGUCGUGGCCGACGCCAAGAUGAUAGAUUACCACGGGGCCAGUCUCACCUAUUACAUCUUAGUCCUCAUGAACACGGUCUCCCGGAUCUACAAGGACCCGUCGAUCGGCAACCCGAUCAGCAUCGCGGUCAUCAAGAUCAAGCAGGUGGACCAGAUCUUCGGCGUCAAGCAGGAGGGCAGCGACGGUAUUGGCGCCGCCGAGAUGCUCCGGAAGUUCUGCUACUGGCAGACGCUCAACAAUCCGCACGAGCCGUCGCCCGAGCACCACGACGCCGCUCUACUUCUCACUAGGGAGAACCUCUGUCACAACCCAGGAGAGAAGCGCUGCGACACCUUGGGCCUAGCUGAACUUGGCAGGAUGUGCUCUCCAGGCUCGUCUUGCGCCAUUGUCCAGGACAAUGGCUUGGCCACCGCCUUCACCAUUGCCCACGAGAUCGGCCACGUGCUAAAUAUGCCCCACGACGACGACCCGAAGUGCACCAAGUAUCAGGACAGCUCGGGCGUGCGCAACAUCAUGUCGCGGAUGCUCGACAAAAACACCGUGCCCUGGGAGUGGUCCAAGUGCUCCAGACACUACGUCACCGAGUUCCUCGACGUGGGCCACGGCAACUGUCUGCUGGACGAGCCGCGCAACAACAAGAUCAUGUCGCGGUCCCACGGGGGCCGACUGCCCGGCGAGGACUACUCCGAGAACAAGCAGUGCGAGCUCGUCUACGGCCCCGGAUCCGAGAUCUGCCCGCACAUGGUGAGCGAUGUAUGCAAGAGGUUGUGGUGCACCGUGCCGUACUCGGAUGACCGGAGCGAGCAGUGUCACACUCAGCACAUGCCCUGGGCCGACGGUACAGUCUGCUGUCCGGGUAAAUGGUGUCAUCGAGGCGAGUGCGUCUCGCGGGAAAACCUUGAGCCCGUCGACGGCCAGUGGGGCAAAUGGAGCGACUACGGCAAUUGUAGCCGACCCUGCGGCGGCGGCAUCAAAAAGAAGACCCGCGAGUGCAACAACCCCGCACCUAAGAACGGAGGUAAUUACUGCGUCGGCGAGCGGGUGAUGUACGACAGCUGCAACACCCAUGAGUGCCCUUCUGGAUCUACCGACUUCCGGCAGCAGCAGUGCGCCAAGUUUGACAACGAUAACCGCAACAUCCGCAACCUGGCUAAGAAUGUCAAGUGGCACGCCAAGUACACGAGGAUUCUGCCGGAGGACCGCUGCAAGCUAUAUUGCCACGUGGCGAGCAAUCAGUAUUAUAUGCUACAAGACAAGGUCAUCGACGGAACGCCCUGUGGCCCGGACACUUUCCACGUCUGCGUCAACGGCCAGUGCAAACCUGCAGGCUGCGACCACAUACUCAACUCAGCUGCGAGCCUCGACAAUUGCGGAGUUUGUCAAGGUGACAACUCCACCUGUAAAAAGGUGACGGGCAGGUACAAUUCCAGUGAGUAUGGGUACACCAGGAUCACCAAGAUACCAGCUGGUAGCAGCUUCAUAGACAUCAGGCAGACCGGCUGGAUGGGCGCCCAUAACGACAGUAAUUACCUAGCUCUUCGACUGAAGGAGGCCGGUAAGUACAUACUGAACGGAAAUUUCAUGGUGAUGCACCGAAAGGUGAUCAUCCAACCGGGAGUUACGAUGGAGUACAGCGGCCCGGAACCCGUUGUCGAGAGACUAAACAGCUCGAGACCGAUUCAGGUUGAUCUUAUUCUGGAGGUUCUCUCAGUGGGUAACGUAAACCCACCGCAGAUCACCUACGAGUACCUAAUGCCUAAACGCAUCCUGGAAAGUCACACCUGGAGCUUGGAGUCAGAAUGGUCGGAGUGUAACCGUCUCUGCCAAGGCAUGAGUCGCCGACUUGUUCGCUGCCGCAGCACCGAGACCAACAGUACCGUGUCCGAUGACUACUGCCCGUCCGAAAAGCGUCCUCGCGAGGAGAUAAGAAGUUGCAACAGCCACUGCGAGCUCCAGUGGCAGGAGAUUCCAAACUCCAAAUCCGAGUGCUCCAACCACUGCGGCCCGGGUUUCCUCUCGGUCAAGCACCGCUGCGUGAAAAUCGCUCUGAGCCGAAACACGUCACCGCAACAUGUCCCAUCGCACGUCUGCCAGCACCUGAUACCACGCCCGGAGAGGAAAGCUUGCAUCGGACCCUGUAACUUCGCACAUUGGCGCUACGGCGAUUGGAGCGCCUGUUCGGUCAGCUGCGGCGACAACGGUAUUCAGUAUCGCAUGGCCGAGUGCGUCGACCGCGAGAACAGGACCGUGCCCGAGGACAAAUGCCCUGCCGAAGGCAAGAUCAUCAUGCAGGCCUGUGGACAGAAGUCCUGCCCCAAGUGGGACCUUGGAGAAUGGAAGCCGUGCUCGGUGAGCUGUGGAAUCGGCAUAAGGGAGAGACCGUACUGGUGUCAAGUGGAUAAUCACGUGGUGUCGAAGAGCGAGUGCAAGGAACCGCCCACGGGGGUCAGGGAGACCUGCAACGCUGGUCCUUGCCCUACGUGGGAAACCGGCAAUUGGAGCGCUUGCUCGGUCACCUGCGGUGACGGGGUAAGGAGGAGAAUGGUCGCCUGUAGAUAUCCCAAUGGAACAAUCAGUAAAGGAGACUGUAAUUCUGCAAUUAAGCCCAUACAGUCGAUAAGCUGCUCGUUGAAGCCUUGCCCGACUAAAGCUACGUUUACGCCUGUAACUUACUCUUCGAACUUGCCGGCCGACGACUUCCCUCAGGUGCAUCACGAAAACGAUAUCAACAAUAUUAUUACAUUCCGCUCUGGAUAUAAAUGGUCCGUUGAAGACUUUGAGCCGUGCUCGAAAUCAUGCGGAGGUGGCUUUGCCAAUCAAAUCAUCAAAUGCAUUUCCGUGGAGACUAAUAAAGUGGCACCCGAUGACUACUGCGACUCCAAGAAACGUCCAGUAGAUAGGAUAGCGUGCAAUAAACAGCCGUGUCCAACUUGGUCGGUAGGAGGCUGGAGUCAGUGCGACGUCAAAUGCGGCGAUGGAUACCAGCAUCGACAAGUUUCGUGCCAAGAUAAACGCGGCGAAGUCCUAAACGAUAGUGACUGUUCAGAAGUCUCCAGACCUAGACACGCCAAGAAGUGCCAGAGACCUCCUUGUCGCCCUAGCAAAAACAGCUACAGUUCUCAAGCAGUUAUAGAGUACAAGUGGCGUGCAGGCAGUUGGAGUGAGUGUUCGGUGAGCUGCGGCAAUGGGGUGCGACGUCGCGAGGUCACCUGCCACCGCAUCAAUAGCUUCGGCUGGGAGGAUCCGACGCCCCUGUCAAGUGGCUGCCCUCUGAGAGACAAACCCCCGAUAGCGCAGGUCUGUCGCAAGGGAGGCUGCAACGAACCCUUCUACUGGAUGGCCGGCAACUGGAGAAAAUGCUCCCAUCCGUGCGGCCGUAAGGGCAGGCAGUCCCGGCGGCUCUUCUGUCUCGAUCGCCAUGGCAGAAAGGUCAGGCGGCGUCACUGUCCAAUUAACCUGCGACCGCAACGCAAGCGCAAAUGCAAUCCGCGGCCAUGCACCGGGCCGACCUCGUGUCUCGAGGUGCAGAGUAGAUUAAAGACUAACAUUGACGGCGAGUACACGUUGCUCGUCGGAGGGAGGUAUAUGUCAAUUUACUGCCACGGAAUGGAGAGUUCUGAGCCCCAGGAAUAUCUCACUCUGCCCACCGGCGAACGAGAGAACUUUGCUGAAAUUUACGAUAAACGACUUCAGGAUCCAAGCACAUGUCCUUACGAUGGAAGAAGAAACGACAGUUGCCAAUGUAUGUCGGAUUCGGUAUCGAUGGCCGGACGAUCGAUGUUUCAAAAAAUUAGAAUUAACGUUCACACUUUACACAUCAUAGCUGACAACUUCAGGUACGCUAUGAAAAUCGGAAAAAAUAACAUCGAAUAUGGAAAAGCUGGUGAUUGCUACAGCCAAAUUGAUUGCCCGCAAGGGCGAUUUGGAAUAAACUUAAGUGGCACAUUGUUAAUGCUCUCACCAGAUGUCCAUUGGCCAAAGCAAGCGAAUUCGUACACUAACAUUGAAAAGAUAACUAAUCAACGAGUCGUUGGGACAUGUGGUGGAUACUGUGGAUUUUGCACGCCUUUUCCCAGCCUUAAGCUAAACGUUUUACCGCCUUAAAUCUAACUAAACAAAGCAAAGUGUAAUGCAUUUGCUGAUGGUUAUGAUUAUUUGUUGACAAUACGAAAGAAUACAAGAAUAAUUCAUAAAGAUUUUCUAAAAAAUCUUCGUAUAAUAAAAUGAAUGGCAAAUUAUUAUGAGUGUUAAUGUCGGUGCCAUAAAUGUAACCAAACGCGUCCUAUUUGUUGUGAAUGAAUGCGUGUAUAUAUAUUUUACUUUAUUAGUCUAUUUGUGAAAGAGUAUUUUAUAUACUAAGAUUAUAGAUAAUUUUUUUGUAAUACUGCAUUGUUCAAUCGUGCUAACAUAGUAAUGUAAAUUGUACUUUUGCAUUUGAUUUCAUGUAGAAAACGAAAUGCACUGCCGUCAUAAAAGAAGAAUUAUCGAUCACCGAAUUCGUAAGGUUCUGCAUCAGAUCUGCUUAGAAAAAUCUCAUAAAUAAUUUUGGAACGAAUUCUAAUCUUAUUUAUUAUUUAUGUAUAACUAAUCUUUACUGCCCAGCAUAACUUUUUUUUUAUCAUCAUUCUAAGAUGUAGUCUCAGCGAGAAAAGGGACUUGAACACAUAAAAAUGUGUCUGUACUAGUCAUUUGUUCCAGGGCGCUUCUUAGAGCAUCAAAAGUUCUAUUAGCAAUUUAUUCACGAGGUGCCAGAAAAAUUUUUAAAAGUAUUGAUUUUGUAAUUUUAAAUGAAACUACUAUAAUAGGCCAUUUUUCAUUUAUAGUAUCGGGUUAAAAAUAAUAAUAGAUUGUCGUGUUCGCAAAAUACAAUGCAAGAGACUCUCUAAUGAAAUAUAAAGGGGUAACACUGCCAAUUUGUAAGUAAUGUUGCCAAUUAGAUUAGUAUUUAUUGUAUACCUUAUACAUUUAGAAAAUAAUAAGAAAUUUAUAAUAUAGCAUUCGAAUACAUACAUAAAUAUAUCAUUUAGACGUUUUUAUAGAAAAAUUAAUAAAGGCAUAAAAUAAAAA